AUGAAGUUCUCGUGUGUCUGUGUCUUUUUAUUGUCUACUUCGGUAAUCCAGGAAAGUAUUUUUGACUUAAAAGCAUAUAACUAAAUAAAAUAUAAUAUCGUAACAUUUUUUGUUCUGUUUCUUAUAGAUUUUCGCCGAAGAAACUGAUAUUAGAAAGACAGUUUUGCCUGUUGCAAAGUCGGCAUUAAAUGCUGCUAAAAUAUCGUUAAACGAAAUAUUAGAACCAUUGGAAAUAGAUGAAAUUGAAAAAAUGAUCUUGUCAAACUACAAGAAAAUUAACAAUAAUAAACUAUCGGUAAUUUUAAAGAUUUAAAAAAUUUUAAUAAAAAUGAGAACAACUUUAUUCAUAAGUCACCAACAGUGUCAUAUACAAGUUGGUGAUAUCUACCCGUGAUUCCAAAAAUUGUAAACUGCGCCUCGUGUAUCAUAAAUGUAUUAAUAUAAUUAGUAGAAAUUUAGUUAGAAAAAAAACCGUUUAUGUUAUAAACUUCCCUGUAAUUCCCCCCGUAAUAAUUUUUGUCAAUAAUGAUUACAGAAUAAUUUCCUACGUACAAAGUAAAAAACAUUUUCAUUUAGACAAUAUUUUUGAUCUUGAAUUUCGAUACGAGAUCUCUGAUAUGAAAAAAAAUCGAAAAUAUUUAAAAAAAUUAAUUUUUUAACUCCACGCUCGACUCGGAAUCUAAAAGAAAUACAAUUACUAAAAUAACUAUAUAAGGUUAUUGACUAAGAGUGCUCAUCCCAUUUUUUUUGUUGAAUUUUUCAUAUAUUCAAAUACUGAUUUUUGAAAAUGUUAAAUGAAGUUAAAGCCGAUAUUUUCGAAUACAUACAUUUUUUACAACAUUUAAGGAGUAUCAUUUGGUUGAAAUUGUUGAUUUCAGUCAAUCCGAUUACGAAAUAUUUGACCAUUAACCCACACAGAAAAAAAUAUUUACAUAAUAUGAACGAAAUAUUUUUAGCAAAAUUGUAUAGUUUGUUAGUAUUGUAUAUUUUCGAUUAUUGUUAAAUAAUAGUGUAAAUGUUAUCGAAAUAAUUUUUGCCCAAAUAUAUCAUAUUUGAAAAAUAUUUCAGAAUAACAUCAAACAUUUUUAUCUCAUAUUUCUAAAACGUUUAAUUUUUAUAUUUUUUCGGGAAUAUUAUACAAAUAGUUAGAGAACAUUUUUAUAAAUCAAAUAACAAAAUAUUUUGUCAUCAUAAGAAUAAAAUAUUUCUACAAUAUUAUUAGUAAAAUAUUUAUUAAUUAACCACUUCAAAAUAUAUAUAAAAUAUUAUCAAUUCUCAAAUGCUGUGUAGGAAGUCUAGGUAAGGGGAGAGUAAUGGAGUAUUAUUUGUGACGCUCCAUAUUUUUAUGGAAUUUUCAAUAUAUGUUCAUAUUUGAAAAACCAAAAGUGGUAUCACCACAGGGUACCUUCCUUAAAUAUUGUGAAAAAUCUAAAUAUAUCAAAAUAUCGGAUUUAACGACACUGAACAAUUAAAAAAAUCAGAAUUUGAAUAUAAUAUGCAAAAAUAACCAAACAAAUUGGGUGAACACGAUUAAUGAAUCAUCCUGUAUAUAACAAACAAAAUAUUUUGGGAUGCUUUUUUAAAUAAAGCGUAAUCAUAUUAAACUACGGUGCAAUAUAAUGAAGAAUUUUAUGGUGUAGAACCAAGUCAUCAAUAAAAUGUAUUAUUGCAAUAAAUUGAUAACGAAUUGAAUAUCUACGAUAAAUAAUUCACAGUAUGAACCUUUGUACCUUAAUUAUAUAAGAAUAAUUAUUACAGAAAUAGUUAUACGAUUAUAUUCGAUAUUUUGAGAUAAUAAAAUUUUUAUUUUUGGUAAUAAGAAUUAACCCUCCCCUCCGUUUGUCUCCCGGACACCGGCAACCGCAGACGGUAUUCCGAGCCGGAAUCACGAAAUUUUAAAAAUAGUGUGACCAAAAAUAACGGUAAUGUCAGUUUUUAGAGUGAUUUUUGUCUUCCAAUUUCAAAAAAGCAAAUUCCAAAUAAAAAAUACAAUAUUAUGUACACAUCCUGAAGAAUCUGGGCACAGGCUUUGAGUAGGUAUUGUGAAACAUUUAUGUUUUAUAAUAUAUAUAUAUAUACAUAUAUAGAAAAUGUAUUUCUCGACCAGUUUCCCUUUUUUAACCUUUUUUUACAACUUUUGUACCUUUUAAUCAUAGCCGCCGCCAUUAGUCUAGAAAAACGUUUUUAAAUUUGAAUGUCUUUGAAUAAAUAAUCAUAAAAUAAAAUGCGAAAUUUCCCAUUUAUUGAUCUCUUUAAAAUACCUUUCCAGAACAAUUUCCUUUCAGAAAAGAUGCUAAACAUUAAAACUGGAGCAAAAUUGUUGAAAAAUUGCAAUUAACAUAAUUUUAACACCUAUAGAUUCCUCGCUAUGCUCAGAAUCUACAAAAAAUACUACCUGAUAUAAUGAGUGUCUAACAUUACGUUGAUCACUCUGUAUUGUUAUAGUAAUUAUUAUUAUUAUAAUUAUUUGUUUUUUUUUAAUUGAAGGAAUACUCAAAUUCGUUACCGGACGACUUAAAAGAACUUCGUACAAAAAUAAUAUUUUAUUCGUAUUUUCAUACAGUUGAAAUAGCAGAAUCUUUAGUAAGGAUAAUGGAGAUCAUAACAAAUAAAUCCGUCGAUGCUUUACCGGGAAACUACAAAAAGAAUUUAUUAAAUACAUUGCACGAAGUGGAGGAAUCUUUAAAACAAUAUGAAGCAAGUGUUUUUUUCUUUUUCUGUGGAAAAAUAUAUAAAUUUACAUUGAGAAAAAUAUUUAUUUUACAGAAAUCACAUGCCAAAAGUACUGCGAAUGUCGAAGAAAGAAGCUUAUAGUAAAUAUUUAUUAAGAAUCAGUAGUUGAUAUUUUUAAUUGUUUAUACUUUGGUAUUUUUGGAAGCAUUCCAAAAUUUCUAUUGUAUCUUUUCAAGUUUUAUAGUUAUUAUUUUAAAUACACGCUAUUAUCAUAUGAUGUAAAAUGAAAAAUGUGCAACUGUUAAUUUAUGUACAACAAUUAAAAAAAAAAAUAAAAAAAAUACUAUUAAGAUAAUUCAUUAAAGGAAGGAUAUUAUAUUUAAUUUAUAUAAAUUCAAAAAAACAACAGUUAUAAUUAUCUAGUGUUUUUUUUUACAUUUAUUGUAUAAUAAAAUACGAUCCUCAAAUAUUACUUAAGUAAGGUACAUACUUUUAGAUACACAAUAAAUCUAUAAUAAACCACAUGUUUUAUUCUUAAUUUUGAUUGAAAUAUUAAAAUUAAUUAUAAAAAGACAUCCUAGGACAAUGGGGAUGGGUGCAGUCACUGUUUUAGGUAAUUUAAUGUAUACCUUGUAAGUAACAAUAAACCAUUGCUUACGAAAAAACCGAUUGUGAGUGGAGUUCAGUUGAUAAUUAUUCUUUGUUAAACAAUAUAAAUGCCAUAUUGUAGUCAAAUAAUUGCAUAUACUUUAUAAAUCUUCUUUAAUAAAAUUUGUUAAAUGUUCCACUGAUUUUCUGGGUUUUCCUACGUUUUUCCCAUUUGCUCGGAAAACUCUUGAGAAAAUCUAAAAAUGGCCUUCUUAAGGAACCUUCCCAGUCGGAUUUCUUUUUAGAAACAUUGUUAUCAUUAUAUAUUGGAGCAAAAUUGAUGGUAGAAAAGUUGUCCACAAAAAAAAAAAAAAAUCGUAAUAUUAUACAAAUAUAUUUCAUAAUUUUUCUUCCGUUUUUUUUUUUUUUUUGGUUGUUUGCAUUUGUUGAGAAAACUCUUGAGACAAUCGAAAAAUUACUUCCUUAAAGUACCUUAAAGCUAAUUUUCAGCAUAAAAGUUUUGGAUGCUAAAAAGCUUCUUUGUAUUAUCUCUAAAUAAAAAGACUCAACUACCACAAAUGGGCCCAAGAGCACAGACGCAUAUUCUAAUAAAAACCUGACUAAAGAGAAAUAAGUUGUUUUUGGUGAUCAAGAAAGAUUAAACUCUUUCAAUAUGCGCAUUACAAAGCCAAGGAUCUUAAAAGCUAUAGAAAAAAUAGCCUCAAUGUACAAAUGGAAGCUUAAUUCAGAACUGAAAACAUAAAUAUGCACUCAAAUGAAAAACGCUAAUCAUUAAAGUAGGACUGAUAAAAGGUUGAAUUGAAUAAAAUAAUUAUAUAAAAAAAUUGAAUACAAGUGUUUUAGCUGCUAUAUUCGAGAGAGAUUUUACAUAGGAAAAGGUGGUAGUGACUGUAUGUGCUCCAUACAGAGUUCUUGUCAGAGUGAUUGAGUCUUGGGAUUUCUCGAUUGGCCGUCUUGGCGCUCAAGUUUCUGUGAAAAAAAACCGUUAUAUUUUAUUUGAAUUUUGUAUGAGAAUAAUUAUAAGGGUACCUAGUGUAGGAGUGUGACGAUGGUUGUGUGAUUUCUCACACUCUAUAUAUUGUUAUAUUUUAUUUGAUUGGUAUUGAAAUAUUUCUAACGAAUGUAAUAAAUGGGAUAUCGUUCUCGAACAAAGAAAAAACCGUUGUUAGUUGUGAUACUUAAAACGACCCAGUUCGCCUUCGCAUAGGUGUCGAUAGAAGAUAACUAAUAUAAAAUUAUAUAUCUUGGGGGUUGCAUGGAUAUUAUAAGAAUACACAGAGUACAACUGUGGGGGCGACGAUUUGAAUCUUUUGGUUACGCUGUUAUAAUAAUUUAAAUAAUAAAUUGUACAUAGAUAUGUUGUGUGAGCAAACAUUAAAUCUGUCAAACAAAAUAUUGUUUUCUACAAACAUAUAGAAAAAAUUAUGUUCUAAAUGUUUAAUAUCUAAAUUCGAUUAUGAAUUCCUGUUCCUUUACGUAUUACGUGAACGUAUUUUUGGUGCAUAAAAGAAGUAUGAAGUUGACCCAACUUUGAACAUUUGACAUUUUAAAUUUUUACGGCUUAUGUUUCUACCAUAAAUAUUGCACCAAAAGAUAAAACGACAAGAGACCUCUUUUGUUGAAUUUUCAAUUUAGUUCUUGACUAAUUUGUUUGUUUUUUAAUUUAUCUGUAGUUUCAUUAAUAAUUAGAACAAACCAUAAACCAUUGAAAACGAUAAACUAUUCGAUAAUAUAUGUUUUGAAAGGUCAUAAUAUUUAUGGUUUUCGUAAAAAUUUAAUUUUAAAACUUAUGCAUUUAAAAAAAAUUACUACAUUACACUCGAUUUUAUAUUGUUGAGACAAAAUGCAUUUAACGUAAUCUAACCUAACCGACGUGGUUUUAAAUUAUUUUUACGGAACUUGGAUUUGAAUUUGUGACCACUGAGAUGACAUUGAGUUGCCAUGGAAAACACCACUAGACUACUAUAUACAUACGUUAGAAUCGACAAUAGUGAGUUAUUUAACAUAACACAUAUAACAUCCACAUAAUAUUAGAAUUUCAAAAAGUUCUAAUAUUAUUUUGAAACUAAAUCAUUCCGUUAAGUUCUGAUUUUUCCAUCGUUCUUAAAUUGGUAAUACACAUAUGAUCAAAAUAUAUAACUAAAUAAGUUUCUCAUGAUUUUUUACUCAAACCAUUAUCGUCAAAAUUUGAUAAUAAAAUUAUUUUGUAAAAAAAAGCAAAACAAAUUUUUUAUUUGUCUACAAUUUGUUAAAUUAUCAUGCAUUUCUGUUUAAUCUAAACAUUUAUUUACAGAGUCCCUAUCAAAUAAAAAUUACGGAAAAUCUCACAAAAUUAAAAUAUCUAUAAAUAGCUUAAAUUAACUAAAAUUUUCCACAUUUUAAAAAAAUAAAUCAGUAUCUUGAGACUCUACAAAUAUGUUAAACUUAAUUACAUAAAAAAAAACAAAAUUUAAAAUAAUAAAAUAGUUAUUUUCAUAAAUUUACUCGUUCUUUCUACGUAUUUUUCAGUUUCACCCAAUUAUUUAAAAAACUACAUAGACAAUCAAAAAAACGACUAUCUUGGUCGCUAACUAGUUUAAAAAUAAAAAAAAAAUUAUCUCUUGAUAUUUUGCUAUUGGAUCAAUAAUUAUGGUGGAAAACAUUUAAACAAAAUCACGAUGAAUAAGACGGUUCUAUGGUUUUAUUUUUUUUUAAAUUUAUCCAUAAACAAAUAUUCAAUGUAAAUGUCUCAUGUACAGUAUAAAGUAAGCACAUAAGUAAGAACUUUUGCAUCAUUCAUUAUUUAUUCAUGUUUUAGGAGCAAUUCGUACGAUUCCUUAAAGAUCUCUCGUUGAAAAGUUGUUAAGAGACAAAAUAUAAUACCGUCUCCAUAAUAAUAUUAUUGUACGAAUAUCCAAAUGAAAAUUGAAUGACACAGUAUAAUAAAGGAUGUCCAAGGAAAUGCAAAUAUUAUAUUCGCAGACAACUUAACCCUCGAGUUUCUACUGUUUCCAGACGUAUACCUGACCUUUAAAAAAAAAAAAUCACUAAAUACAAAUUUAAAGUUGGCCAUGAAUGUUGACCAUAAAUAUUAUAACUACAAACAAUGACCCUUAAACCUCUUGGCGAGUUCGUACGACUUCUAUUUAAUAUAUAUUUAAAGUAUAAAUUUAAAUUAUAUUUCGUUAUUCAUGCAUAAUUUUUAAGUAAAAAAAAUACUCCCAUUGAAAUACUAGAUAUUUUAUUUAACACCGAGUAAAUAACGUGUUUUUUUAACCAAUUUUUUAAACCCAAUAUUUUAGUUAUCGUCAUAGUAUAAUAACUAAUGAGUACCCAUAAUUAUAGAGGGAAACCUAUGGCCACCGUGUAAACUUAUAAUAAAAGAGCUUUAAAGUAACUUUUUUCAUUUUUAAACCAAUGCAUACAAAUCUGAGAUAGCAUUAACCAACUUAACCACAAUACAAUGUAACCAGGCACGUAUAAGGCUUUUGGGGUUCGAACCCCCCUCCCCCUCGAAAAUGAAGAGCUUUGUAAUUUAUUUAUAUAAAUUUAAUAUUUUUUUAUAAAUAUUGAUAAUAUUUGUAAUAUUAAUUAUUGUAAAUAUUGUAUGAACCCCCUCGAGUUUUUUUUGUGUACGGUUUUGAAUUUAACAAUGUAGUACAAUACGAAAAUUUAAUAUAAUUUCAUAACAUUGAAACUUAACGACGGCAAUAACUUGCACAACAUAAAAUUUUGGUGAAAAUUAUGUGGCAACUAUUAAUUAAUAAUAUUAUUUGUCUGGCAGAUUAAUGAAUGUGUUUUUUUUUCGAACAGAGUAUAUAAUAUAAUAUAUAUUAUGUUGGGUGUAAUUUUACAAAAAAUAAUUAUUAUUCGAAUAGAUAAAUACAUGAAUAUAUUUUAGAUAUACCGUAAAUAAAUUAUAAUAAUACUAGCAUUUUCAUACUAACUUUAUAAAAUUACUUUAUGUUUAUCAUAUUUUUUAACACCUUAUUCAAAGAGCCCUAUUUGUUUUUUUUUUUUUUUUUUCAAGCAUGUGUAAUUAACACAAUUUUACAUAAAUCUAAGUCUGCUUCGAUUAAACCUAUAUAAAACUUCAAAAAUACAUGAACAUACCAUGGAUGUGUCAAUAUUGUAAAUUUGAAUACAUAGACUAAUUUAAUUUUCAUACUGAAAGCAAUAAUUAUUGUAAACAAAAACACUUUACGAUUUAAAAAUAAAAAUAAUAUCGUACAUUUUCCUCUUCUUUCUAAUUUUUUUCGGAUUUUCCAUUUAUUGACCUCUUUAAAAUUCCUUCCAAAACCAAUUUCCUUUCAGAAAAGAUACUAAAUCAAAAUUAAAAAUUAAAAAUUGUCCAUAGAGAAAAAUAGGAACAUCAAUGUAAAACCAAUACAUUCGUCGCUUCGCUCAGAAUCUAAUAUUAAUACUGUCAGAGAUAAAGAGUGUCUAACUUUAUGUUGAUUACCCUGUAUUAUUAAUAUUAUGAUUAUUGUUAAAAUUAUUAUUUUUUUUUUUUUGUUUGAAGAAAUACUUUGAUUCGUUACCCCCAGAAUCAGUAGACAAAGAAAAAUUGUUUGAACUGCAUUUGACCUAUUGUCGGAAACACUGAAGAUGAAGACGACCAUUUAGAACAAAUCGUUCACUGUCUUACCGGAAGACGCCCAAAAGAAAUUAUUAGACACAUUUCGCGAAAUGAAAGACUUUUUAAAUAAAUUAAAGCAAGUAUUUUUUCUUUAUCUGUGAAAAAAAAAUGAUAAUUAAAAGUAAUUGUUCAACAGGUGAAUGUUAAAAAACGGUGAACAAAAUAAAAAAAGUAAAUAUCCAAUUCAUUAACGAUCAGCAGUUAAUAUUUUUAAUUGUUUAUACUUUCAAAGCAUUACUAAUAGCCUUAAUUUCAUUACAUAUCCGAUACAUCUUUUCAAGUUUGAUUGAUGUUGUUAUUAUUAUUUUAAACUCAUACUAUUAUAAUACGAUUUCAAAUGAAAAAUAUGAAUAAUAUCUAAUAAAAAAAAAAAAUUAUACAUUAUUUAGAAUUAUUCAUUGAACGGAGUUAUUUUCAUUAGAUUAUAAUUGGUGUUUUUUUUAAAUAUUCUAUUGUCAAAGUCUAAUACGAUUCCCAAGUAUUACUUAAGUAAGGUACAUUGGUACUUGUUCUUAUAUAAUAAAUCUCUAAUAAAUCAUGUUUUAUUCUUAAUUUUGAUUGAAAAAUUAAAUUAUUCAUAAAUAUUCAUAAUUAAUUUUCAAAACAUUACAUAUAUAUUAAAUUGUUUAAAAAUACAGCUAAUAACUAUUAUUCGCAUCGAUAAAUGUAUAAAUAUAUUUUAGGUACACCAAAAAUUAUUAUAAAAUUAUCAUUUUCUCAGAAAAGUUCAUAGUUUUAUAAAAUUACUUUUUGGUUAUCAAUUACAGCUAUAUAAAGUUUAAAAAAAAACAUGCACAUACCAUGGAUAGGCCACUAUUAUAGAUUAGAAUUAAAUAUGAGCAAACAAUUUUCAACUUCAAGUAAGGUUUCAGUAUUAGUCACUAUUUUGAUAGAAUACGACAAAAUUUGAACAUAUUUACUAACCAACAACUAGUUUUAUCGGAAACAUAAUAAAACACUUAAUUCAAUUUAAAGAUGCACAAAAUCUAAAAUAUAGUUUUCAACAUUUUUAAACAACUUUUUUGCUAAUAUAUUUUUUUGUCAGCCAACAAAACUCGUCUUCUUCUUAGAAGGUCACGUAGUAAAUAAUUCGGAGUGGUCAAUAAUUAAUUUAAAACUAAUUUAUUAUGCAUGCAAAUAAGAAGUAGUAGAAAUAGUAAGCUAUAAGUUUAAAAAAAUAUAGUAGAUAUUAGUAAGAUAGUAGAUAGUAGUAGUAGUAGUGAUUUAGGAUAAAAAAAAAUAUAAGGAGUAGUAGUAGUAAUAAACAAAUUUAUUAAAAAUUAUAUAAUGACGCAGUGUCGGCUUAUUCAUAAAUUAUUUAUUAUUAUUAUUUGUUAUUCAAAACAUAGCAAAUAAGAUUGAUGAAUAAAUAAAUUUAAUAAUACAUUUAAAGAAAAAGAGUUGAUUUUUGUAAUUCUCCAUUCAAAUAUGUGUUACAAAUAGGACUACCCUAUUUCAAAAACGAAAGUAGAGAGGUACUUUUUUUAGGUUUAUCGAGCAGGGAAGAAAAAUUAAAAAUGAUUUUAAAAUAAAUCUUGAUAACCGAUCCCACAAUGAUUGAAAAAAAAAAAUAGAAAUAAAAUUUACUGAAAAUCCUUCGAGUUAUAUUAUGCUAGUUCAUUAAAAAAAAUUACUCAGUGUAAAAAGUUAUUUAAUUUUUAUUUGAUUGCAACGAGUUAAUGAAAUAACAAUUUUAGCAAAGUAUGAUUUUUGAACACGUUUUGAAUUUCUGUAAUAUUUAUGAUGAGUAAUAAGUAAUAUAUUUGUUUAUGGAUACUGAAUUAAUGUUUGAAUCAACUAAAACCGUGAUUAUAAAAGUGAUUAGUAGACAAAUGCACCAUUAUACAGAACAACAAUAAUAAUAAACGUUUCGUUCAUUGAGUAAAUCAUAAAACAUUCAAUUACGCAAGAGAUGACUAAAAAUGUUACUGCGAGUCAUAAGCGUAUAUGUUAAUUUUUAUAUGCAUGUAUUUAAGAACUGGUAAAUUAAUAUGUGAUAAUACAAUUUACGAAAUGCAGUAUUAUAAAAUCAUAAAUAUUACGACAUUUCAAAAUAUCUAAAACCAAUUCCACUCAGAAUCUUUUUCAUUUAGCAAUAAAUUAAUUGUUGCGUACAGAUAUGCAUUAAAUUCCUCUCUAUAUCAUUUUCUAUCAUUUUAACUUCUCACCUAUAACGGUGGCCCGCCCAUCGUCCAAAGUAUGUACAUAGCUUUUCUUUUUUAUUAACCACCAGGUUAUCCGAGUAUACAAAGGGCAAAUCAUAAUACUAUAAUAUUGUGUUCAGUGAGAGAUGUAAGCAAGUAUAAAAACUUAUAAUGUAUUAAAUAUAUUAACAAGUGUGGUAUAUUUACUAAAAAUAUGAAGUUCUCGUGUAUCUGCGCCAUUUUAUUUUCUACUUCAAUAACCCAGGAAAGUAUUUUUUAAUUUAAAAGUUUAAACCAUAACUAAAUAAAAUAUAAUAUCAUAAAAUUAUUUUGUUUUGUGUCUAACAGAUUUUCGCUAGUAAAACUGAUCUUGAAAAAGCAACUACAGGUGUGAUAAAAUCGAUAGCCGAUGCCGCCGAAGUACCGCUUAAUGAAAUCUUUAACGAUAUAAAGCAAUUCAAAUUAUAUGAGACUAGAGAACUUUUAGAUGAGAGCUUGUCAAAAUUAGAAGACCUUCAAAAAAAAUUAAAAAGGGUAAUUUAAAUAUUUGAAAAGAUUAGAAUAGAAAUGAGAACAAUUUUAUUAUUUAGUUUCCCAUAUGCAGUGUCGUACAAAAGUAGGCGAACUCUACCUGUAUUUUCAAGAAUGAUAAACUGCACUUCAUGUGACGAGCAAGAUUUGAAAAUACUAUUAUAGGAAAAUGACCCAUAAAUAUAUUAAUAUAAUUUAUAGACAUUUUAUUUGAAAAUGAAACCGUGAAUAAAAUUAACUUCCCCAUAAUUUCUACGGUUUUUGUCAACCAUUGUCAAAAAAGACUAUUCUUUAAAACAUUUUAACAUUUUAACUUAAAAACAUUUUCUUUUAGACAAGCUGCCUGAUUUGAAUUUCGAUACAAGAUAUCUUGUAUAAACAUAAAAAAAAAAAUCGAAAUUAUUUAAAAUAAUGAAUUUGUUAACAUCGUAAAUUUUUUAGUUUUUCCAAAUUAUAAUGAAAACUUUUUGAAAAUCCAAUCAUGUUCUCUCUCGUGUAUCAGAUCCAAAUAAUACAAAAUAAAAUACUCAUAUUUUUUUGAUUGGAGCAAGACUUUUGGUACUAAAGUUUUUUAUGGGCACAAUAGGUACAAUUGAAAUGGGUACAUCAUUGUGAAAUUAAUACAUUCCUCGCUUCGAUCAGGAUUUAAAAGACAUUAAACUAAUGGAGGGGGACGAUUCACUAAACGUAGACAUCCAUUUUUUUUUGUUUAAAUUUUGAAUUUAUUCAAAUUCUGAUUUGCGUAAUUUUUAAAUUUAGUUAAAGCUAAUAUUUUCGAAUACACAGAUUUUUCACAAAAGUUAAGAAGUAUUCUUUGGUGAUACCAACUUUAUUUCAUUAAUUUUGUUAAAAGUUCGCUAACUACGGUUUUAACCAAAUUAAAAAUAUUUCUCGAAUCACCAUAAACAUGUCUUUUGGAAUGAUGAAUAUUACACUUUUUUAUUGUGUCAAAUAAAUACUGUAAAAAUGCCUUAAAUAAAUCCGAAGGGUAAGAAAUCGGUAUUCUAUAUGUAAUGUUUCAGAAUCACAUAUCUACGUUUAAAUUACUUAAAUUGAAUUUUAUGUCUACAAAGUUUUCAGUUUUUCAUUUAUAGUUUCUGAGCAAUGCAAGGAAUGUAUUUUUGAUCAUGAUGUUAAUUUAAUUUGUUUUUUUUGAUUCUAUGUUCAAAAUUUAUAUCAGAAAUCUUAUUCCGAUAGGGAAUUCCCUCUGAAAGGGAAUUCUAUCUUUUUGGUACACGGUGAUUUUAUUUUACUAAAAGUAUUCAUAAUAAUUGGGAAAAAACAGGAAAAUUUACGAAAAAAAAGCUUUUAUUACUUUAACCCGUCUCAAUAUCAGCUCUUUGUUUUAGUUUUAGGACUGUUUUAGUUUUAAUUUGGUUUUAUGUAGAUAAAUAUUUGUUGGGCCAGCCAAAUUGUUUGACAAUUUUACAUCAGGUUCCACAUAUUGAGCAAAAUUUAGUAGGUUUUAUAUUUUUUUUGUAGAUAUUUAUUGUAAUUUUUAAUUAUACAUGUCGAUUGGAAUCUUAUAAUUUUUGCCUGCUCACCUUUUAUAGGUGAUUUCAGUAUGAUUUGUGUUGUCCAUAAUCAUCUAUUUAACUUUUAUAUCCGUCCUCUUCCCACCCUUUCAAUGUAUCCCGUACACUAAGACCUCCUGGACACCAAUUUCUUCCCGGUAACCUAUUCCAUCGCUUGUGUAUUUUUAAUUUUUUCCAACAACGGUACGAUGGUUUUUCUCAAAUCGCUUUUUAAUAUUUUACCCUCUUUUUUUCGUUACCCUUAAUGAUAUUGUCUUUUAUGUUCCAUAAACUUAUAUUUUAAGUAAGUUUAAAUGUUCUGCAAAUAAAAAAAAAGGAUUAUAAAAACAUUUUUCCCUGUGCUCUACAAUAAGAAAGAAAGUAAAAUAAAUAAUAAACAUGGAAGUUCUAUUCCUUUUUUUAAAAUUCGUAGCAUAUUAAUUUUUUAUACAUGGUUUUUUUUCAUUCGUAUUUUUAAUUUAUUUUACUAUAGUUUAUAACAUCAUAGUCAAUGCAUCAUAUAAUGUAUGAGAAUAGUCUUUUUUGUUUAAAUUAAUUAAUCAAUUCUAUUUUCCCAGCCCUAUCAUCGUUGUUAUAAAUAACAUUGAACGCAUAAAUAGUAUAUAUGUGAUACAUGUAGGGAGCACGAGUGGGGAUUUAAACCUCCUCUGAAAUAUAAAUUACCCUUCAAUUUGUGUUAAAAUUGUAUAUGAUAAAUUGAUUUAUAUCAAUAAAAAGAUAUUUUUAGCUAACCCCAUCCUCCGAAAUUUGUUUCUCCCUAUGCUCCUGUAACGAAUAACAUCUAAAAUUAAUGCCAUCCGACAUAAUGAGUAUAAUGAGUGAAUAAUUCAUAAUGAUUCUAACAUUAUGUCGAUAACUCCGUAUUAUUAUUAUUAUUAUUAUUUUUUUUUUUUUUUGAAGGUUUACUAUGAUUCGUUACCGCCAGAAAUAAAACACUUUGAAAUUGACAUAUCUCGGUACGUCUUGAAUUAUGUAUUUAGACUAUACUCGGAUUCAAAGAACAUGGCGAUAAACACUGCGGACAAAUCGUUUGACACGUUACCGGAAAAUGUCCAAAAAAAAAUAUUAGACAAAUUACGCGAAAUUGAAGAAUAUUUACAAAAAAUUAAAGCAAGUGCUAAAAAAAAUAAUAAAUAA